AUGCCCACCGUUGCGCCUGUUCGAUCACGUCGAUUCGUCUCUUUACCCUUGUGUCUCAAUAUUCUCACCUUUCACACCUCCCCACUCCACACUGUCUCCGCCAUGAAGGUUGUCGACUUUGUCCGAAAGCCCUUCAUCCAACGCGCCUGCGCUGAACCCCACACCAUUCCUUCGGUCGUUUCCUUCUUUUUCGGUCUCGACUGUCACGAUCCCGCCCAAGUCCAGGCCCAAUUACGCGACGGCGGCGCCCUCACAACCAUGAAGGAUCUGUGGUUCGCUGGUGGCAGCGAAUACGAUCAACUCUGUGCCACGCACUUUGCCGACACGAUCCGGGCUGCCGGAAACGGCCAAUUGGCCCGGAACGAUCCGGCCUGGACGCAGCAGGUUGACGGCGUCGUCGCCCAACUCGUUCUCUGUGAUCAACUCGCCCGCAACGCCUUUCGCGGGACUCCUGAAGCCUACGCCUACGACCAACCCGCGUUGCGACUUGCCCGGACGUUACACACCGACUAUCGGGCGUCGCGAGUGGCGAGCGCAUCACGCACAAUCCAGGGAGAGUAUCAUCCGCCCUAUGUGGCCUUUCUCGUCACCGCCUUUAUGCAUUCCGAAGUUUUGACUGAUCACGAAGCGGUCACAGAAAUUUUGCAGCACGAACGAGAAACCACACCGGAGCAUUUGCACGACUGGUGGCGGUAUCAGGAGACCUUUGAACAGGAGCACCGGGACGUGGUGGAACGCUUCGGGCGUUACCCGCACCGGAACGCCCUUCACCAACGGCAGUCCACGCCGGAAGAGGAAGCCUGGUUGGAUGAUACGGAAAAUUUACCCGGCUGGGCUUUGAGUCAACUGCAAGACCGACCGGAAUGUGCCGAAGAUGACGUCGCGGUCGGAACCAACCCAUCCGCGUAG